CUUCCUAGAUCGUGAUCUUCGCCUGGCACACGACAGACGAUGGACCUCGAUGGCGGAGCACUAUGCUCCAGCGACACGGAGCCAUUCCAAUUACGACUUCCUAAAUUCCACAGUUCAUCUUCUGGGAAGAGAAUCAUAUUGCACACUUUCACCGCGAAAAAAACGAAUUUGUGGUAAACAACAGAAUCGGGGAUUAUGCAUAACUGAAUGGAGAUGGAACCCAGCCAGCAUCGGAUGGGAUCGUAGUACUGGCUACAUGGAGAUAUGGAUGGUGCUAAUUGCCGCGGCACAGGGUGGCGGAUGAACCGUUAAAUCGAAACUGGAGCACUGGCCCAAUAACGAUGAUGCACGCGGCCCGCGGAUUAGCACCUUCCAACGAGCCACUACAGAUGGAUGUUCUAGAUACCCAAAUGCCGCCAUUAGCACCAUCGCCGGGCGUAGUUUUUCUGGAGCAGCAUUUGGGGAUCUUCGGUUAGUUGUCGACUUAACUCCAAGCCAACUGGCCGUGCGGUGUGUGCUGAACAGGAUUCGGAACAAUAGAAACAAGAGUGCCAAACGGAUAAUGUCUGCAUACAAGGAAAUUCCGGCGAAGGCGCCACAACGCCUCUCACCCAUUUGGUUUCUGGUGAUCACGUUCCUACUCUUUGCCACCACCUUAACGGCGCUGGCUGUGAUCGAAGCUGGACGGGCACAGAGCCACGCUGGCGGAGAAAGCGAUCUCCUAAUCCUCACACGCAUGUGGAAUCACUUUAGGGCCGGUGCUGAAAAUGAUACGGAAACUGCCACGGUGGAGCGAAUUGCUAGGGAUGCUGGAAAUGCAACCAAUCCGAGUGCAUCCGCAGCGCAGCAGGGCAGAAACUUCUACGAGGAGCAGCAGGCGGUGGUGGUGAAUGCGGAGAGCAUGGAUUCUCCCGUGAUGGGACAACGCCAAGACGCCUACGGUCCGCCGCAGAGUCGCGAGGAUUCCUACGAGCAGGAUCCGUACUACGAUGUGGCCGAUGACUACGGACCUGGACGCUAUCCAAGUGCAGAGUCCAGGCCAGAGUCCGAAGAGGAGGAACACUUCUAUGAUAAGGAAGACACGGGUGAGGGCAGGGCCCAUCAGGCACGUCCCUACGACUCCUUCUACGCUCCCUGGUCACACACACAGCAGCCAGCUCCAGUGGCUACUCAUCCCGCGGCUGAGGGCAACAAUCGGAAGCUCCAGGCGCCUUCAGCUCCCAAUAGAUCACCCUAUCCCGCCUACGAUGAGGUGUACGAUUAUCCCAUGGGCUUCCAGCCGCGCCCUCACCCGAAAACAGAGUUAGCCAAACAAUCUCAGCCCGCCUCCGACAAUGCAGUAAUUCAAGUGCAAAGUGAAUCCACCCUGGUCACCGUGCUGAAGAGCCUCAAGCAGAUCUGGGAUCUAUAUCAGGCACUGAUGAGUGCCUGGAACGCGGUCAGCGAACGCCAUCAGGAAAGCACUGAGAAGUUCCGCCAGGAGCAGGCGGCAAAGAAGGCGGAGAAGGAGCAACUGCGUCAGCAGCAGCAGAAGACCAGGAUAAACUCCAAGAAACCACCGCGUAUGGAGGGCAACAAAAAGAACCAGAACAAGAAGCCGCCCACGACGACAACUAAGUCAAGCACCAAGUCUACGACGACAGCUGCCCCAGAGGUCUCUGAUGAGGAGGAGGAUGCUAAGGAGCAACCGCAGAAGACAGUGGAGAAAGUUGAGACAGUCACGCCAUCGGCUACAGACACCAAAGUCUCGGCACUCAAGGGGGAAAAGGGAAACCUGAGAUCUGUGCGUGGACUGCGCCAAAGACGCGAUGCCGAGGCGGAGGAGAAGGCCGACACGGAUGUGGGCGAGGGCCGCUAUAUCAAGGGUGAUCCUCUCAAGGGCUACUACGAUUUCGUCAUUACGGAGGGCUCCUACAAGUUCUGGGCCGUCUUUCAGGUGGGCACAGCACUGCUGAUCAUCUACUCGACGUUCGCUGCCAUUUACUACUCCAAGGUGAAUCCGCUGACCAGUGACUACGAUUACACGGAUUACCUGGGCGGAGUUCGUUCCUUGUCCGGCGGAGAUGCGGAUUUCGUGGACGACGGCGAUGCAGCGACUCCGCCCGUUUCGACCACCUCCCGCAUCAUGGAGUGGCUGCCACGGACGGCGCACUCCAUCCAGUUUAUACUGGAUGCCAUCGACAAGGUGCCAGUGGAUCAUGACAAGGACAAGGAGCUCGGAUGGUCCGCGGCCAAAACGGACACUCCGGCGGUGGGAAUGAGAUAGGGAACUGACUACCAUAUGCGAUAUUUGUUAAUAUAAUAAUGUUGAAGAUAA